ACUGACUGCUUGUAGUAUGUCAACUGCACCACACAGGGGAUACACACAAGGUGCUUGCUAAACUGCAGGAUGCCAAGACGGGUACUUUUUAUAUGAUUUUUUCCUUUCAUGUAUUUUCCUUGGUGUUCUUGGAGAACUUCAGGUCACCUGCUUAAUGAUGGAGUUUGGAAGAGUUCAUUUAAAUCUCAAGACGGUUUUGCUGACCAUGAUGAUGUUCAAGUGGGGAAUAUUUUGUUCGGCCAGUUCUGAGAAGUGCCUGUCGGGGCCUUGCCAGAACGGUGCUGCCUGUGUGGACACCAUGGACGAUUACGCCUGCCUCUGCAACCAGGAGGGGGUCCGCUACAUGGGCAAGGACUGUGAUGAACUCUAUGACUCUUGCUUGUUUGCGUCUUGCGUCAACUGUACCAGCACUCCAGGCACCACGGAACAUCACUGCAUCUGCCCGGACGGGUUCACCGGGGUGAACUGCACUGAAGAAAUAGACGAAUGCCACAGCAACCCUUGCUUUGAGCCCCAUUCUGAAUGCAUUGACCAGCUGAACAGCUACUUCUGUCGCUGUCCCUCCGGGUACGGGGGAGAAGACUGCCAGACGCACGUCACGGACUGCGUGGACAAACCAUGCCAGAACAACGGGUUCUGUAAACUGUUACCUGAAGGCUAUGAGUGCGAGUGUGCACCUGGUUACGAAGGGGAGCACUGCGAAGAGGAUGUCGAUGAGUGUAUGUCCCACCCAUGUCAAAAUGGGGCCAUUUGUAUGGACGGAGACGCAGAGUACCACUGUUUCUGCGUCCCAGGUUUCCAGGGUUACAACUGUGAGAUUGACAUCAACGAGUGUGCUUCGCACCCUUGCGAGAACAACGGAACCUGUAUUAACGAGAAGGACCGAUACGAGUGCGAGUGCCUCGUAGGGUUUACAGAGGUGAACUGUGAAGUGGAGAUAAAUGAAUGUGAGUCGGAUCCCUGCCAAAAUGAAGCCACCUGCCAUGACCUCAUUGGCCUGUAUACCUGCGAGUGUCAGCAAGGGUUUGAGGGCAUUGACUGUGAGAUUGACAUUGACGAGUGUGCCAGCGAGCCCUGCCAAAACGGAGCAGUCUGCCAUGACAUGGUAGACAGCUACGAGUGUGACUGCAGUGACACAGGGUUUGUUGGGAACCAUUGUGAGGAGGACAUCCUUGAGUGUGCUUCAGACCCUUGUCAGCACGGUGGCACCUGUUUGGAGGGAGUCAAAGAGUAUACCUGUCUCUGUUGGCCAGGUUACAUGGGGGAAAACUGUGAGAUCGACAUCGACGAAUGUGCGGAGGUGCCAUGUGAGAACGAAGGGGAGUGUUUCGAGCGUUCUGACCCCUCUCACUGGGAGACAGACUGGGAGUUCAACUUUGCAGAGGCUUCAGGCUACAUAUGCCAGUGUCAGCCAGGCUUUGCAGGGGAGAACUGUACUGUGAACAUUGAUGAGUGUGAGUCUGAUCCAUGCCACAAUGGAGGCACUUGUGUGGACCAGGUCAACGAGUACACCUGCAUGUGUGCAGACGGAUUUACAGGCGAAAUUUGUGAAGUAAACAUCGACGAGUGCGAAAGCCAGCCAUGCCAGAACGGUGCCUGGUGCGAGGACGGCGUGGCAGACUUCACCUGUCACUGUCCCGAGGUGGAGCCGGAUGUGCUCCCCUGGGGCGGUCACCAUUGUGACGUUCAGCUCCUGGGCUGCAUGGACCACGAAUGCCAGAAUGGCGCCACCUGCCUGCCCUGGUUUGAAUACGGAGAACACACCCACACCUGUCUCUGCCCUCAUGGCUUCUUCAAUGACCUCUGCUCAACCCCAACCACGUUCUCCUUCUCCACUCCCGGAUUUGUAUUAAUUGAAGUCGUUGUGGAAGAGCGCAAACGAAGGGAAGCAAAGCACCACAAGCACCACGGAUCAGGUGUGAGUCUACGCUUCCGGACAACCCUGCCUGACAUGCUCCUCUUCUACAGAGGGGACAUGGAGAACCAUCUCCUGCUUGAGCUCGUAGGGGGAAGUCUUCACGCAAAGGCGUUCUCAGAGGAAGCCGAGCUGGAGGUCACGUUCCCCAGGUUGGCGAGUGACGGGGACUGGAGAGAUGCUGAAGUGUGGUUGAGUGAGGAAGAGGGCUUACUAUUGAUCGUGAAGGGGCCAGGGUGCCACGCUGAAGGAUGCACUGUAGAGGACGGUGGCACUGAAGGCCCAUACUUCCAUCCCUCAGAGGCUUUUACUCAUGUUUAUGUGGGUGGGGCUCCAAAGGAGUUUUUGGAGCUUACCAUGAGUGGUGCCGGGUUCAUUGGAUGUAUGGAGGACCUUUUCAUUGACUCCAAGCCUGUCCUGCCUCAGAACCUCCAGAACAACGAUGCACAUGAGAUGGACAUUGGGUGUAGCAAGACAGAGUGGUGUGAGCAAGACCCCUGCAACAACCGCGGCCACUGUGUGGACCUGUGGACCAGCUCCCGCUGUGACUGCUACCGGCCACACUACGGCCACAGCUGCUCUGAAGAGUUCCCUGCAUGGACGUACAGCCACGAGGACACCGCCAGCUACAGUGCCUAUGACAUCGUCGAGAGCCAUGGCGCCAACUUCAGUGUCUCCUUCUUCCUCCGUUCACUCAAGCCUGACGGCCUCCUCUUCCAGCUGAGGAGGCCCAGUGAGGGUGGGGAUGGCCCCAUGGAGCCCUACUUCUCUGUCUACCUGGGGAUGGGGAGAGUUCUCGUGAAGUCUCUGCCCGAGAGCUCUGCCUUGACAGCGCCCAGCUUCGUGACCACGGGUGACAAGCAGCUUCUGGAGGUGGAGGUCCAUCACGGACAAGUUUACUUCAAACACGAGGGGCUACGCUACAGUAUAGGUGUGGUGCCCGAGGUGGAGGUGCUGAGUGGGGACCUGGCGUACGUAGGUGGUCUUCCUGGGGAUGAUGACUCGGUGGCCUGGGGGGGACACUUUAAAGGCUGCCUGCAGGAUCUGCGUCUGGACAAGGUGCAUCUUGAUGUGGACGCGUGGAAUACUUCGCUCAACAACUCAGAGGGACUGGUGUACUUACCAAGUGGGGCGGAAAACGUUGAGACCGGAUGUAUAAGCGAUAACACCUGCGAGGUGGAACCAUGUCACAAUGGAGGCGAGUGCACCAUCACCUGGAAUGACUUUGCAUGUUCGUGUCCUGAGAGUUUUACAGGACAGACUUGCGAGACACACGUGUGGUGUGUGAGCGACCCCUGUAUCAUGGGGAGCCAGUGUGUGGACCUGACUGAUGGAUAUGAAUGUGUGUCCAACGCCACAUUUGAGAAUAACCCAGUGCAGUACAGCGCUGAGGGUUCCCUGGCAUCCCCAGUGACCAGCGUGUACUUGGAGCUUCGUACUCGCUCAGAGAACGCUGUUCUGCUACGUGCUUCCCACGGGCCAGAGCUGCUGAUGGUGGGUCUGGUGGACUCAUCGGUUCAGGUGGAGAUCCACAGCGGGAACAGCGUUGAAGCCCUGAUGUUCUCUGGGGUGCGAAGAGUGGCAGAUGGUAAUUGGCACAGAGUGCAUGUGUCCAUGGUGGAGCCUGAGAGUGAGGCAUCCCAUUGGGUGAUUACAGUGGACGGGAUCACAGAUGCCAGCAGUACCCCAGAAGUCACUGAAAGUCUUCACUUCCUGAACAAGGACAAAGCCGUGGUGGUUCUGGCAGAGAGUUUCAUUGGUUGCUUGGGCGUCGUUCGAGUGGGCGGGGUCUAUCUCCCAUUUUUGGACAACUUUGACCCUCCUCAGCUGACCCGCUUCCACAAAAUUGGAGAGGGGGAAAUUCACAUGGGCUGUACCAGUUCACCUGUAUGCCAUUUGGACCUUUGCCAGAACGGAGCAACAUGCAAGGAUCUCUUUAAUCUUGUUGGCUGCCUAUGUGCCCCGGGUUGGGAGGGAGAGCAUUGUGAGGUAGACACGGACGAGUGUGUCUCCGGCCCUUGUGUUUACGGAGGCUGUAAAGAUUUGCUGGCGGGUUUUGAGUGCGAGUGCCAUGCUGGAUAUGAAGGAUUGCAUUGUGAAGAGAAUGUGGAUGACUGUAAGGAACACAAAUGCCAAAACGGGGGGACUUGUGAGGACAAAGUGAACCACUACACCUGUAACUGCCCGGAUGACUUCAGUGGUCCACUUUGCCAAUGGCCCUAUCCCCCUUUGCAAUGCGAUGAUGUCCAAUGUGACAACGAUGGAAUCUGUCAUGAUGGUUUGUGGGGUGCAAACUGCACCUGUAUGCCAGGCUUCGAAGGGGACAGGUGUGAGACAGAAGUGAACGAGUGUGGCUCAAACCCCUGUCAGAACGGGGGCACCUGUCUGGAUCGCCUCAACAGGUUUCUUUGUAUUUGCCCUACUGGCUUCAACAGUCCAACUUGCGAUACAAAUAAACAAGCUCAAAAAGAGCGAGUGCCCUGGCUGGUAAUUGCCAUACCUCUAGUCUGUCUCUGCAUUCUCCUGGUGGUCAUCGGCCUGACCAUCAUGGUGAUGACUGCCCGCAAGAAACGGCAAUCUGAGGGUGCCUACAGCCCCAGUUCCCAAGAAGUUGCCGGGGCACGUCUGGAGAUGGACAGCAUGCUCAAGGUUCCUCCAGAGGAACGCCUGAUCUGAUCAUUGCCGUACAUUGUCGGUUUACAGAUGGAUAAUUAUGCAAACUGAUUGUAGAGCACCGCAGGCAGGUGCGCUAGACGUUGCUAGGGCAACUGACUAUAUGGGUCUGGCUGAAAAGGAGGGUGAGAAAGCGUGAAAAGGACUGCUGCCCUCUGCUGGUGUGGAUAUGUUAUUGGCCCAGUGGUGCCAUUUUGUUUCAUAAUUUUGUCUCAUCUAAUAAAAGAGAGGUUUGGUAAAGGUCACAACAAAGCAAUGGUGUACAGAACAGGCAAUGCAUUUGCGAUGAAACAGUGUGGGAUAACAGAUCUAAUAGGUGGAUCUUCCUACAUGAGACAAUGGGAUAAAACACUGACACCCAUUACCCCACGUCAAUGUCUACUUGGUUUGUUUUAAUAUCAGUUUCAUUUAAAUGCUUGCGUACUGGAAAGAAAGGAUG